GCUACUUGGGAAUUAUAACAUGUUCCAAGCCUUCAAGCGGCAAGCCACCUCUGCAUAUCAGCCACUACCUAGCCGUGUGCCAGGUGAACUGGAGGUGAAGUAUAAGGGCAAGCUGGUGCACGAGACUCAGCUCAACUGCUUCUAUAUUCCACCUGGAGGUUCCAACUAUGGGAGUCCCCGUCCAGCUCAUGCCAACAUGAAUGCCAAUGCAGCUGCAGGGCUUGCCCCAGAGCAUAUCCCUACUCCAGGGGCAGCUCUGUCCUGGCAGGCUGCUAUCGAUGCUGCCAGACAGGCCAAAUUGAUGGGUAGUGCUGGCAAUGCAACAAUAUCCACAGCUAGCUCCACACAGAGGAAACGGCAGCAGUAUGGGAAACAGAAAAAACAGGGUACUACCACAGCUACACGUCCUCCCCGGGCAUUGCUGUGUUUAACACUGAAAAAUCCCAUCCGGAGGGCAUGUAUCAGCAUCGUCGAAUGGAAAUCAUUUGAAAUAAUUAUUUUACUGACUAUUUUUGCCAAUUGUGUGGCCUUAGCUAUCUAUAUCCCCUUUCCAGAAGAUGAUUCCAAUGCCACCAAUUCCAAUCUGGAACGAGUGGAAUAUCUCUUUCUCAUAAUUUUUACAGUGGAAGCAUUUUUAAAAGUAAUAGCAUAUGGACUUCUCUUUCACCCCAACGCUUACCUCCGCAAUGGCUGGAAUUUACUAGAUUUUAUAAUUGUGGUAGUAGGGCUUUUUAGUGCAAUUUUAGAACAAGCAACCAAAGCAGAUGGGGGGAAUUCAAUAGGAGGGAAAGGUGCCGGAUUUGAUGUUAAAGCACUGAGGGCUUUUCGAGUGUUACGCCCCUUACGGCUGGUAUCUGGAGUUCCUAGUCUCCAGGUGGUUUUAAAUUCAAUCAUCAAGGCCAUGGUUCCCUUGUUGCACAUUGCCCUGCUGGUGCUGUUUGUCAUAAUUAUCUAUGCCAUCAUUGGGCUGGAGCUAUUCAUGGGGAAGAUGCACAAGACCUGCUACCAUGUGCAUGGGGCAUUAGCAGAUACACCUGCAGAAGAGGAUCCUUCUCCUUGUGCUCCUCAGUCAGCACAUGGACGGCAGUGUCAGAAUGGCACAGAGUGCAGAGCUGGCUGGGAAGGCCCUAAGCAUGGCAUUACAAACUUUGACAAUUUUGCUUUUGCCAUGUUAACUGUGUUUCAGUGCAUCACUAUGGAAGGCUGGACAGAUGUACUGUACUGGGUCAAUGAUGCCAUAGGAAGGGACUGGCCCUGGAUCUAUUUUGUUACACUAAUCAUCAUAGGGUCAUUUUUUGUACUUAACUUGGUUCUCGGUGUGCUUAGCGGGGAGUUUUCCAAGGAAAGAGAAAAGGCAAAGGCCCGGGGUGACUUUCAGAAGUUGCGGGAGAAGCAGCAACUGGAGGAGGACUUGAAGGGGUACCUGGACUGGAUAACUCAAGCAGAAGACAUUGAUCCAGAAAAUGAAGAUGAAGGCAUGGAUGAGGAGAAGCCUAGAAACAUGAGCAUGCCUACAAGUGAGACGGAGUCUGUAAACACAGACAAUGUGGCUGGAGCUGACAUUGAAGGAGAAAACUGUGGUGCAAGGCUGGCGCAUCGGAUCUCUAAAUCUAAGUUUAGCCGGUACUGGCGCCGGUGGAACCGGUUCUGCAGGAGAAAGUGUCGAGCUGCUGUCAAGUCCAAUGUUUUCUAUUGGCUGGUGAUUUUCCUUGUGUUCCUCAACACUCUCACCAUUGCCUCUGAACACUACCAGCAGUCGAACUGGCUCACUGAGGUCCAAGAUACUGCCAAUAAGGUGCUGCUAGCUCUUUUCACGGCAGAGAUGCUGCUGAAGAUGUACAGCCUUGGUCUCCAGGCCUACUUUGUGUCUCUCUUCAACCGCUUUGACUGCUUUAUUGUUUGUGGAGGAAUCCUGGAAACAAUUCUGGUGGAGACCAAGAUAAUGCCACCACUGGGCAUCUCAGUGUUGCGAUGUGUCCGACUCCUGAGAAUAUUUAAGAUCACAAGGUAUUGGAAUUCCCUGAGUAACCUCGUAGCUUCAUUACUGAACUCUGUCCGCUCCAUCGCCUCCUUGUUGCUGCUUCUCUUCCUCUUCAUCAUCAUCUUCUCACUCCUGGGAAUGCAGCUCUUUGGGGGCAAGUUUAACUUCGAUGAGAUGCAAACCAGGAGGAGCACAUUUGACAACUUCCCCCAGUCUCUCCUCACUGUGUUUCAGAUCCUGACUGGGGAGGACUGGAAUUCGGUGAUGUAUGAUGGGAUCAUGGCUUAUGGCGGCCCCUCUUUUCCAGGAAUGUUGGUCUGUAUUUACUUCAUCAUCCUCUUCAUCUGUGGAAACUAUAUCCUACUGAAUGUAUUUUUGGCCAUUGCGGUGGACAAUCUUGCCGAUGCUGAGAGUUUGACAUCUGCACAAAAAGAAGAGGAAGAGGAAAAAGAAAGGAAAAAACUAGCUAGGACUGCUAGUCCAGAAAAGAAACAGGAGAUAGAGAAGCCAGCUGUGGAGGAGGAGACAAAGGAGGAGAAAAUAGAGCUAAAAUCGAUCACUGCUGAUGGAGAGUCCCCACCUGCUACCAAGAUCAAUGUGGAUGACUAUCAGCCCAAUGAAAAUGAAGAAAAGAAUCCAUAUCCCACUACUGAAGCUCCAGGAGAGGAAGAUGAGGAGGAGCCUGAGAUGCCUGUGGGUCCUCGGCCACGCCCAAUGUCUGAACUGCAUCUCAAGGAAAAAGCUGUGCCCAUGCCAGAUGCCAGUGCUUUCUUUAUCUUCAGCCCAAGCAACAGGUUUCGUGUCCACUGCCAUCGCAUCGUUAAUGAUAACAUUUUCACCAACCUGAUCCUCUUUUUCAUCUUGCUCAGCAGCAUCUCUCUGGCAGCCGAGGACCCUGUCCGACACACCUCCUUUAGGAACCAAAUUCUCUUUUAUUUUGAUAUAGUUUUUACUGUCAUUUUCACCAUUGAAAUUGCUCUGAAGAUCCUAGGCAAUGCAGACUAUGUCUUCACUAGUAUCUUUACAUUAGAAAUUAUUCUUAAGAUGACUGCAUAUGGGGCUUUCCUUCACAAGGGCUCCUUCUGCAGGAACUACUUCAACAUCCUGGAUCUGCUGGUAGUCAGCGUUUCUCUCAUCUCCUUUGGGAUCCAAUCUAGUGCCAUCAACGUAGUGAAGAUCUUACGUGUACUACGAGUGCUCAGACCAUUGAGGGCCAUCAACAGAGCCAAAGGGCUAAAGCAUGUGGUCCAGUGCGUGUUUGUUGCCAUCAGAACCAUUGGGAACAUAGUGAUCGUCACCACUUUGCUGCAGUUCAUGUUUGCCUGCAUUGGAGUUCAGUUGUUCAAGGGCAAACUGUAUAGCUGCAGUGAUAGCUCCAAGCAAACACUCACAGAGUGCAGGGGGUAUUUCAUUACAUACAAAGAUGGCGAGGUCACCCAGCCAAUGAUCCAGCCCCGGAGCUGGGAGAACAGCAAGUUUGACUUUGACAACGUUUUGACUGCCAUGAUGGCGCUCUUUACUGUUUCAACUUUUGAGGGUUGGCCAGAGUUGUUGUACAGAUCCAUUGAUUCCCACAUGGAAGAUGUUGGACCCAUCUAUAACCACAGGGUGGAGAUCUCCAUUUUCUUCAUCAUCUAUAUCAUCAUCAUUGCCUUCUUCAUGAUGAACAUCUUUGUUGGUUUCGUCAUUGUCACGUUUCAGGAACAAGGAGAGCAGGAGUACAAGAACUGUGAACUGGACAAGAAUCAGCGUCAGUGUGUAGAAUAUGCCCUGAAGGCUCGUCCCCUGAGGAGGUACAUCCCUAAGAACCAAUACCAAUAUAAAGUGUGGUAUGUGGUGAACUCCACCUAUUUUGAGUACCUGAUGUUCGUUCUGAUCCUGCUGAACACUAUCUGCCUGGCCAUGCAACACUACGGUCAGAGCUGCAUGUUUAAGGAAGCCAUGAAUAUCCUCAACAUGCUCUUCACUGGUCUCUUCACUGUUGAGAUGGUUCUGAAACUAAUCGCCUUCAAACCUAAGGGUUACUUUAGUGAUCCUUGGAAUGUUUUUGACUUCCUCAUCGUAAUUGGCAGCAUUAUAGACGUCAUUCUCAGUGAAACUAAUCACUAUUUCUGUGAUGCAUGGAAUACAUUUGACGCCUUGAUUGUUGUGGGUAGCAUUGUUGAUAUAGCAAUCACCGAGGUGAACCCAGCUGAACAUACCCAAUGCUCUUCCUCUAUGAAUGCAGAGGAAAACUCUCGCAUCUCAAUCACCUUUUUCCGACUCUUCCGCGUGAUGCGUCUUGUGAAGCUCCUGAGCCGAGGGGAGGGCAUCCGGACGCUGCUUUGGACCUUCAUCAAGUCCUUCCAGGCUCUCCCCUAUGUGGCUCUACUAAUAGUGAUGCUAUUCUUCAUCUAUGCUGUGAUUGGGAUGCAGGUGUUUGGUAAAAUUGCGCUGAACGAUACCACAGGAAUCAACCGCAACAACAACUUUCAGACCUUCCCACAAGCAGUACUGCUGCUUUUCAGGUGUGCCACAGGUGAGGCCUGGCAGGAGAUCAUGCUGGCCUGCCUGUCAGGCAAGAAGUGUGAUCCUGAAUCAGAACCAGCCAACUCUACUGAAGGCGACCAUUCCUGUGGGAGCAGCUUUGCCAUAUUUUAUUUCAUCAGCUUCUACAUGCUCUGUGCCUUCCUGAUCAUCAAUCUUUUUGUAGCUGUUAUAAUGGAUAACUUUGAUUACCUGACGCGGGACUGGUCCAUUUUAGGACCACACCACCUGGAUGAGUUUAAAAGGAUUUGGGCAGAGUAUGAUCCUGAAGCCAAGGGACGGAUCAAACACCUUGAUGUGGUGACACUGCUCCGGAGGAUUCAGCCUCCACUUGGCUUUGGGAAGCUCUGUCCUCAUAGAGUGGCUUGCAAGCGCCUCGUCUCCAUGAAUAUGCCACUAAAUAGUGAUGGGACUGUCAUGUUUAAUGCUACUCUCUUUGCAUUGGUCAGAACAGCACUGAGGAUCAAAACUGAAGGUAACCUGGAGCAAGCUAAUGAGGAACUGCGAGCAAUAAUAAAGAAAAUCUGGAAGCGCACCAGUAUGAAGCUGCUGGAUCAGGUCGUGCCCCCAGCUGGCGAUGACGAGGUGACUGUUGGGAAGUUUUAUGCCACUUUCCUGAUCCAAGAGUAUUUCCGGAAAUUCAAGAAACGCAAAGAACAGGGCCUAGUUGGCAAACCCUCACAGAGGAAUGCUCUCUCCCUGCAGGCUGGUCUGCGCACACUGCAUGACAUUGGGCCAGAGAUCCGACGGGCAAUCUCAGGGGACCUGACAGCUGAAGAGGAACUAGACAAGGCCAUGAAGGAAGCUGUCUCUGCUGCUUCUGAAGAUGAUAUCUUUAGGAGGGCUGGUGGCUUGUUCGGAAACCAUGUCAGCUACUACCAAAGUGAUGGCAGAAGCACCUUCCCCCAGACAUUCACUACCCAGCGCCCUUUGCACAUCAAUAAAUCUGGCAACAACCAGGGAGAUACUGAGUCCCCAUCCCAUGAGAAGCUAGUGGAUUCCACCUUUACUCCUAGCAGCUACUCUUCUUCAGGUUCCAAUGCCAACAUCAACAAUGCCAACAACACUGCCUUGUGCCGCUUCCCAAGCCCACCCAAUUUUCCAAGCACUGUCAGCACGGUAGAGGGACAUGGCACCCCCUUGUCACCCACCAUACGUGUGCAGGAGGCCCCUUGGAAACUUGGAUCCAAAAGCUCCGGUUCCAGAGACAGCCAGCUGGCAAUCGUUUGCCAAGAGGAAGUGUCUCAGGGUGAGACUUAUGAUGAAAAUUUGAAUGAAGAUGUUGAAUACUGCAGUGAGCCAAGCCUGAUCUCUACUGAAAUGCUGUCAUACCAAGAUGAUGAAAACAGACAGCUGACGCCACCGGAAAAUAACAAAGGGGAAGACGCCAGGCAGUCUCCAAGGAAGGGAUUUCUUUGCUCCUCAUCAUUAGGUCGAAGAGCAUCAUUUCAUUUGGAGUGUCUGAAGAGACAGAAGAACCAAGGUGUAGAUGUCUCACAGAAGACAGUUCUGCCCUUACAUCUGGUACAUCAUCAGGCACUAGCUGUGGCGGGUCUGAGUCCCCUGCUCCAAAGAAGCCAUUCCCCAACCAUGUUCUCCCGGUUGUGUGCCACACCCCCUGCCACACCCUGUAGCCGUGGCUGGCCAGAGCAGACCAUCCCAACUUUGCGGCUUGACGGAGCAGAGUCCAGUGAGAAACUCAAUAGUAGCUUCCCGUCGAUACACUGCAGCUCUUGGUACUCCGACCGUGCCAGCUGCAGCAGCACUAGAAGAGCCCGGCCGGUCUCUCUCACUGUCCCCAGCCAAACUGGAGGGAGCGGCAGGCAGUUCCACGGCAGUGCUGGCAGCCUUGUUGAAGCGGUCUUGAUUUCGGAAGGACUGAUGCAGUUUGCUCAAGAUCCAAAGUUCAUUGAGGUCACAACCCAAGAGCUAGCGGAUGCGUGUGACAUGACGAUAGAAGAGAUGGAAAAUGCAGCAGACAACAUUCUCAAUGGUAACAGCAAGCAGAGCCCCAAUGGCAACCUCUUGCCUUUUGUUAACUGCAGGGACCCAGGGCAGGACAGUGCAGGAGAGGAAGAGGAAGAGGUGCAAAACCCGGAUUGUAGAAAAAGUCAGGAGGAGCUCAAGGACAGCAGGAUUUAUAUCAGCAGCCUGUAGUUGCCAGGGCUGAAGCGAUGCUGGUUUUUUAUUUGUUUCAAUGUUCCUAAUGGGUUUGUUUCAGAAGUGCCUCACUGUUCUCGUGACCUGGAGUAACCGGAACAGCGUUCUUCAUUCAUUUCUGUUGGGACGAGUCGCAGAGUUGGGUGGUGUAAGAGAGCUUUUCAGGAGCGAAUACAACCCCAGCAUAUGUCCAUGAAGAAAGAGUGAGAAGGAAAAGGAGGAGGAGGAAGAGAAGGAGGAGGAGAGCCAGCUCCCUCUUUUUUCAGUCCCCAUGCAAGGAACGACAACUGCUUCCUGAAUGCGAAGGAGAAUCGCAGCUUCCUCUCGAUGGCCCUAGCCAAAAGGACCCUGCAUCAAACGGGUGUCUUUCAACUCUGCUUGUAAAAAUCAUUUUGCACAUAUUCUGUAUAAGCCUCACCAUCUCCAUAAAGCCAAGGCCCUUUUAAUUUGGAAAGGAAUGGUGGACUUCUGCCGUGGAUUCCAGCACCUUGUUGGGGAGGAGGAAGCAGAAGAAGCCUUAGGGACAUGAAAGGCAGAUGGCAACACUGCAGAUCCUUGCUGACAGAAAAUGAGAAGACUCCCAGGCAGUGGUCUCUGCCAGCCAAUCAGAGCUCAGGCAGUCACUUCUGCCAACCAGUCAGAGCUCAGGCAAUCAUGUCUGCCAACCAAUCAGAGCUCAGACAGCCAGCUGUGCCAACCAGUCAGAGAGUAGGGAGCAAGCUCUGUCUAGCAAAGCUGAGGCAACCUGCUCUUUUCUUAGUGAGGUGGUGAUGGGCUUAUGUAGAUCUCUCCUUGUUUUUGCAGUUUGAUAUUUUCUUGAAAGCAUGUUGCAAUUUUUAUUUUUAAGGGGUUUUUUGUUGUUGUUUUUUUUGGAGGGAGAGGGGAGAAGGGAGUGUUUACAAAGUUUUGUAAUCACCUACCUUUUGUUUUGUUUCACCUUUGCAAAUGUUAAAUUAGUUUAAUUAUGUUGUAUUAUUUAAACUAUUUUUUCUCCAUUGAAAUUCAGUAUAAGUAUAAUGAUAGAAGAGUUUACCAACCAUUAUGUACACCAAGAAUUUGUAAUUUUAUUUGAUAGUAAUGGAAACCUCCUUUUUUUGUUGUUGUUUUAUAAUUUAAAGAUAGUAGGCAAUGCACUUGAUAUAGUCUUGCACAUUUGAGUGAUUGAUUUAAAUUCUUUUUAGUGCUAAGUAUAUUUGUGAGUGUAUGAGCAACACUGAACGAGCGUGCGUGUAUAUAUGUGUGUGUGCGCGGGUGCGUGUUAAGUGUGUGCAGUUCUCCACUUCCUGGUUUUAACUGCAGGAGAUCUGUAUCUGGGGCUAUUUGAAUGCAAAAACAAACCACUGUCUCUGCUUUUUGAAAGGGGAAUCAGUAACUCUUUCCAUUUUCUGUUCCACAAGAUAUGCAAAAACAAUGCAAUAAUAUUAAUUUUAAAAUACAAUUAUAAGUUGUGUUGGCAUUAAAACUGUAUAGAAAAAUUCAAGGGGAAAAAAAAACAAAAACGAGGAGGAGUUACGCUUCGAUAUAUUCCGUGUGAUGUUUUAUUGCAUUGAUAAUGUUUCUGUUGAAGAAACCGUAAUACUUGAAUUCAGGUCAGUUUCAGUAUUUUUCAAAUAUUUUUUUUAAAUGAAUUGCAAUUGUGCCAAGCAAAUAUAAUGAAUUGAAUUAAGUUUGUUUUAAAAUCACUUCUUGUAUAUUUUGCUGCAUGUAAAGUAAAUCAUUUCGUAUUUGAAGUGUGCCAAGCUUUACCUUUGAACUUUUAAGUGCUUUUCUACGUGUGGUUGGGGAAAGGGGUACUCAAUAUUUUUUUUUAUUUUUUAAUUUGUACAAUGAACAAAGUGUACCUGGUGUAACUAUUCUGCAAUCCACUGACAGGUUGAACGUUACUGAUUUUGCAUAUCUUGUGUUCACUUUCCUUUUUUCCUCAUUCCCUUAAACAUGCACGAUGAAUUUAAUAGUAGAGAAUCUUUGUUCCUGAGACCAGGACAUUUUAUCCAGUCUUUAUCCUCUUCCCUUUUGCUGUUUCUUCCAAUGCUUUUUCUCACUAGAGGGUCACAAAACCCAGGCUGAUCUGGUAGAUCUAUUCUAGGAACAGCUGGCACCAGCAACUCUAGUAGGGGGAAAAUAUGUGAUUUCACAUUUCUUUCAUUAAAUCCCUAGCCUUUGAUCAACAACAACAGUUACCCAGACUAGCAAAUGAAAGAGGCUUAGCUAGGUAACUCUGGCCUUGACUCAUAUCCCAGGAUAAGUGAGGGGAGAGAUUCUGGAUAGUUAUCCAGGACAAUUGCUUGAGUACUACCCUUAGCUGUUCUGUAUCUACAUCAGCCAGAUGAAAGAAGACUUUCAGCUCAAGGCAUUGACACUGAGCGGUAUGAACCCAUAGGUUGCACUCCAGUGUGUAAUCUUAUCAUUCUCCCCAUGCCUGAGUUUACAGGUCAGGUUCCCAGUCUUGCCACAUUCAACCUGGCAUAAUUCCACUGAAGUCAAUGGCCCUGUGUCAGCUUCUUUUUGCCCCUCUUCUGCCUGGCACUUGGUUUCUUACUAACAACAGAGGUUGUAAAACCAGGAAGGAAUUGUAGGUCUCAUGUCAUUACUUGAGUUUUUUCCCUGGAAACAGUUUCUGUAUUUGAAGUCACUUGAAAUUGUGUCAUUUGGAAUCCUACCUAUCUAAAACUACCACAAGUGUUUUGCUUUCUCUUCAAGAUGGGAUCACAGACUUUUAGAUCAGUAAUGAGUAAGAAAAAUGACCUGACUCAGGAAAAUAAGAACCAAACCUUAACCCCUAAGUUGAGCUUUUUCUGAAAUUUGAAAAUGUUAUGUUUUCUUGGUUUAUUUUUUUUAAUAUGUAUAUCUCUAUUUCCAGGCCUUGUGUGGUGGGGACCUAAAAUAGAAAUAACAGAGCAGAAAACAGAAUGUCAAAGGGAUUUUGGGUGGUAUCAAAUUCUCUGUGGUAUUAUAAACUGACUGGCAGCAGUUCAAAAUGUCCUGGAUAUCUUGCAAGAAAAGGCCUCUUAUUAGGAGAUUUCCAGCCUGGCUAUCAAAAGAGUUUGCAUUCAUUUAGAUAAGAACAUUGGAUCAAAAUCUGGAAGUCUUUACUAAAGGCCUGCAUAGGCAAAACUACACCCUGAAGUUAAUCAGCCCACUGACCAAUGUCCCAAGUUUUCUAGGUCAGUCCUAAAUUUCAGGGCUGUGUUCUGGUGACCCUAGGGAAUCCAUGAAACAGAUUUUAUUCCAUACUUGAAAAAUUGGAGGUGGAUCAGCAUCAGGCAGCUUCCCGCUCUGUCUGCUGAGAAGUCAUAUCACAGUACUGUUGGGUGCCCCAGGAAUGUGGCUAUCCUGCUUCCAUGUCAGGAAAUACCCAUGGGCCACACCAUGAGCCAGAAGCAGCACAGAUAUAUUCCUCCAGGGCUGCACCACUAGCUAAUUAGCUCCAAGCAUGUGUAUAAAUGUGGCUGCACUAAUUAGCUCUGCCUCUUAACGGAGUUAAUUAGACUGUUUGCAGUGCAGCAGUAAGGCAGCUAAUAAUUGGAACCAAAAGUGGUAUAAAUUGCUUCUGGUUCUAGAGGCCUGUACAGUGUCCUUGACUAGGGUCCCUGAAAGUUGGUUGCCUUCCCCAGCUCCUGAUCACUUUGCUCUAUCUUUACUGGAACAGAUUCUUAUUGACUUUAGUAAGAAUUUUGUCCUAGUAAAGACUGGCUGAAAAAAAGAGCAAGUUUCUCAGGAUUUGGCCCUGCAAGAGUUUUGCCUAUGACCUGAAUAAGGAUUCAGGAUUGACUUCUGAAUACCUAUCUAAUCCUAAUCAAACCUCCAGUCCUGGUGAGAGUUUUUCUAGUGCUGAGAUGCUCCAGAGAGUUAACAUAGGCUCAGUGCUAUGGAAGAUGAAGUAGUGCUGUUCCUAGUUACCCAUUUCAGAGCAGGAUUCAGAUGGUAGAGCUCCCUAACUCAUUCUCAUUUUCUGGAAAGUUCAGUUUAUCUGGACCACUGGGAACUGAGUGACUCAUCACUUUGGAAAAACAGGCUACUGCACUGUACAGGCCAUUAUUGUUGUCAAUGAGAAUUGUGAAUGCUCAGUAAGUUCACAUCACCUUUUAGUAGCUGGCCUCAUGCUAGGGGAAGAUGCUUAUGUUGUCCAUGUCUUUCUGUGAAAACUGUUAUACCCUCCAUGAUCAGACUCUGCAAAGAGCAGGGGAAGUCCUAGCUCUCUACUGAAUAAUUCUCUCCUUUCUACUGAUUUAAAUUCUUGGGGAGAGAGGGUGUUGCAGAUGAAGGUGAUACUCAGAAUGAGUGGAGUGGGACUCAAAUCAAAGGUUGCUGAUGCCAGCUGUGCAAGUUUCAUUUUCUAAAGAGGGUGGCAUCCCAUUUCAGGUACUACCAACAUACAGAUUGCACUGGCCUGAGCAAAGAGCUACUGCCUCCUUCCACUGGGGCAGAGUCUGGGACAAGGUAGUGGGUGAGGGUAGGUUUAGGUCCUGAAGUGUCCUUCCUUUACCUGUGUAUUGGCAUGAAUGUUAGGUACAAUCACUACGCUGUGGAUGGAAGCUUUAAAGAAACUAAUGGCUGAGGAGUUUUGUGUAAGCAAAGAGAAAAUUAUCUUUGUCAUUGGAGUGUGUCUGAUUUGCAGCUUGAUAAGAGUACACUGCAGGCUAAAGACAUUUCUUACAAAAUGACCAUCUCUUCCCUAUCACUCCUGGUCAUUACUCCAGGAAGUACCAGGCCAGUCACACUGGAUGAAUUUCUUUUUUCUUCCUUAUUCUGUGUGACUAACAUGAUGGAAAAAGCAGGACUAAUGGUCCAGACCUGGAGUUUCCUUAUCCACAGACCUUUUCUGCAUCAUCUGCCUCUUCAGUGAGAUGUACGUAUGAUGACAAUGAUGCAGAUGCUGCUGCUACUGCAAGGGGUCCAACCUGUUUUAUUACCCUGCCCCACCGCACCCCAGUCUGGAAGGACAGCUGACGGAGCGCCAUGUACAGAAUCGCAUCUAUUUCUGCUUUGUUUUCUGACUCAAAACCCUGCCCCCUCGAUGACUAUGACAACAACAACAACAAAAAAAGGGCAAAUGCAUUUUUUACACUUCUUGAUAAUUUCCAAAGCAAUGUAUCAUUGCUUUCUUUAGACUGACGCCAAUAUAACAGUUGUAUGGGUCUCAGCCAGGCUCCUGUGUCUUUUCUGACUGAAAGUUUCAGAUUGCUGUAUGAAAUGUAUGCGCGUUUGCACACAGACAUAUUCCUACAAGGUGACAGAACUGCAAGCCAGUCAGGUUGCUAGCUGGCUUCUGAUAUGCACUUGGAGGCCUUUUGCGUCUUAUAUGCAGAUGAAAAACUAUUCAGAGAGCCAGUGAUGGAGCCACAUUUGGACACAGCUAAGUAUUUUUUAUAUAUACUGUAUUGUGUGCAUAUAUAAUACUCACCUGUGUCCAAAUGUGGCUGCAUCACUCUGGCUCAUUGAAACACGUUGUGUAUAUAUAUAUGCACAACGUGUUUCAGUGAGCCAGACUGCAUAUAUGUAUAUGCACAAGACAGCCUCAACUCUGAAUGUCAGGGGGACACACUCUGGAUAAGCAGUUUGAAUAUCAAGGGAUCUUUGCAGUAAAUAGCCUCUGUCAGGUGGACUUGAGUCCACUUCACAUAGUAGUAAGUUUUGAUAAAUUCAGAUUGUAGUGUAUACAAAGAAAGCAAUGAUUCUUGUCAAACAAAGGCCCAGUUCCCCUCUCACUAGUUCUGCAACACAUCAAGACUAAUUAAUUUGAACCUAAUGAGAUUAUACUGCUAUAAACCAUAAGUGAGGGCAGCAUCAGGCCCAGAACUUUUAUUUCUCUUCAUUUAAUUUCUUCUGUGAAGGUGCCUGAUGAAUAUCAAUUUUGAACAAGCUAUUGCUGCAUAGGUUUUCAUUUAAUUUAGUAAAAUAGUUAAACUACCAUGUGGUAAGGCCAGGGAUCAGAGAGCUCUUAGUAGGAGUACAGUUUGGAGAUUUACCCUUGGAAGCUACUUUGUUUCUGAAGAUCUCAAUAAAAUUGGCAUUGUCUCCCUGCUGCAAUGGGCCUGGCAUGGGAGCAGGUAAGGACAGCUGCACAACAGAGAGGUGUACUGUGCUAGAAACAGACAGGGUUCCAAAUUCAGACAAAGAGGUUAUUAGCAUCAUACUGAAGUGAAAAUCUCUAUCCAUAUUAUUAUUCAGUUGCUUGUCCAAAUCCAGUCACCCUUCCCCAACCCACCUUAUAAAGACUUUGCUUAACUGCUGAAUCUUGAUCCUAAAGAGCAGGCCCUCUUUAGAAGUAAGCAGUUCUACCUAAAGGGUUGCUUGAAAAGAGAAUCAUCAAUAAACAAAUGGAUGUAGGCAUCCAUCUGCUUCAGCAUGAUCAGUGAUUAACAGAAGGCAAAAUCAGUAGCCCAUAACCACAUCACAUUUCCACGCAGUAGCUUCUUUAUUUCAUCUCACUCAAGCAGCCUGCUCUCACUUAUCCUGAAGUCCAUCUCACCCUUGAGCCACUGCUUUCAGUUGGUCCAGUGGCCGACUGGUUGCACCACAGGCCAAGAUGGUAUUCUCCCGUCACAGCCCAGAGCAGAUCUGCCUUCAUUCUCAGAUUCACUCCCAACCUUCAAACACCCUUCUUCCAAACAGCACUGCCCACAUCCAUUUUUACCAACUCACUGAAGAUCCAACUCUCCAUUAGUCGACUCACCUCUGACACAUUACCCGAAAUUUUGCCCAGCCAAACAAAAAUGCAAGCUCUGUCCCAAUCAUGCUGUAAAGUUCUCAGCAUCCCAAGCUACCUGGCCUGUCUGCUCUUUUAUCAGGCAGAUACAGUAUCCAGUGCUCUAGACUACUAUUCAGUGUUCCCUAAAAGCCCUUAGCACCAUGAUAUCUCAAAGAAAUGACAGAAAGACAAAUGCAGGAGGGUCCCACUGUGAUAGCUUGAAAAGGGGAAGCUUUCAAAUGACUAGCAGUCAGAUUUUCAAUAUCUCACCGAAACACAUAGCAAAUGCUGCAUCAUGAAAGAGAGAAACUUUUAACACUGCCUUAAAAACAAAUUAAAAAAUGUGGGAGUCUCCCUCCAAAGGACUGACAUGUGGUAAGUCAAGGAAGAAGCCACUUUGGAUGAAUUCUGACUGGAGGAGACAACGUCACUUACAUUCUGAUCCUGCAGGACUUAAGCUAAACAGCCAGUGACUUCAGUAAUUAAGGACUACAGGACCAGGACUUUACAAGGAAGAAGUGGGUAUUUCCUUGCCAAUUUCUAUUUAAUGGGGAUCUAAUCCUGCAAGGUACUAUGGCCUGCACCUCCCCAUUGACUUGAGGGAAGAUGUGGUUGUUCAGCACCUCUCAGGUUCAGAGCCUUUGAACCUCAUUUCCUGCUCUGACCAUUAACUACAUAUGUUGAUAAAUGGAAGUGUUUUGCCUUCAUUUGAAUUGUUCAGAGCUGUGAAAUGAACUCUCCUAAGUAUAACAGUCCAGAGAUAAACCUCCUCUCACAUACUUCCCUCAACCCUGCCCAGAGCAUCUUCACCCAAACCCUUCCCCCCAUCCCAGUUCAUCACAUCUCACAAUUUUAUACCCAGUUUUCAUGAAACCACAGAAACGCUGUUGUAAAUAAUGCUGUACAGUUUGUAACUGUAAUGUAAGCCUGUCAUCGGUGCCAGAGUCCGUCUUGCCCUCUCGCACGUUUUAAAAUCAACACAAGGAAGUCAGAGUGGCCCACAAGUGAGCUAGAGGGUCAUGUCGGUGUGGGACAAAUGUAUAUUCCUGUAAGAUUGCAUUUUUAUCUAAGGAAUGAUGUUAUUUUAAAAAUUGCUAAUAAAUUUCUAAACAAUG